AUGGUUCACUUCAGCAAUUCGGCGAGUCUAUUCGCCAUUGCCGCACUGCUAACGUGCUCUACAUCGUUUCCAACGAGCCAAGUUCCAUUGUCGAGAAAGCCUCAGACAUUCAUUGAGAGAAGCAUAUUUGGCCGGCUUCAGGAAACUCUUUUAAAUCCAACCGAUGAUUUUGAUAUUGCGGAUAACUUCAAUGAUGACACGCCUUACGAAGGCAUAGCCACGUUCGCUCACCUGAACUGGACCAAUUGCUUCAGCCGAGACAACGACGGCUUAUUUGACAUCGGCAUCGUUGGUGCUCCAUUUGACCUUGGUGUCACGUAUAGGCCUGGUGCUCGGUUUGGACCCUCAGGAGCACGCAUGGGAGCACGUCGACUGGCCCCGAGUAUGGGAUACAGAAUCGUUGCUCACAAUGUUUCUUUCCCCUCUAGCAUGGACCACGGCGUUAAUCCAUUCCGCGAUUGGGCUGGAGUCGUCGACUGCGGGGACAUCUCAAACACGCCGUUUGAUAAGUUGGAGGCUAUGCAAGAGCUUGAGCGUGGAUGGAAGCAAAUUAUCGCUCGCGAGCCAAAAGACACUGACAAGGGAGACCAUAUACGUUUGGUCUCAAUUGGUGGUGACCAUACGAUCACUCUCCCGGCCCUCAGAGCCAUGCACUCGGUAUGGGGCAAAGUCGCCGUUUUGCACUUCGAUUCCCACCUUGAUACAUGGGACCCAAAACAAUUGGGCGGUGGUCUUACCAAGUAUGCUGAGAUCACUCACGGCAGUAUGUUGCAUAUUGCACACGAGGAAGGUCUCCUAUCGGACCACAGCAACAUGCAUUUAGGUUCUCGUUCCAUGCUCUUUGACAAAGAAUAUGACCUCGACAACGAUGCCCGAUGCGGCUUCUCAUACAUUCGCGCACGGGAACUUGACGUACUGGGACUGGAGGCCGUCGUUGAAAAUAUUGUGAGAACCGUCGGUGAUCAAUUAGUAUACCUAAGCAUCGAUAUUGAUGUCUUAGACCCAGCAUUUACACCAGCGACCGGUACUAUCGAGCCUGGUGGCUGGACGACCCGUGAGCUACUGCAGAUCCUGAAUGGUCUAUCUAGGGCAAACGUGAAAAUCGUCGGAGCAGACGUGGUUGAGUUUUCCCCGGUUUAUGAUGAUGCUGCAGAGAGGACAGGCAUUGCAGUGAGUCAGAUUGUGUACGAGAUUCUGCAAUGGAUGAUCCAUGUACCUGUAAGAAGGUGA